AUGAGCCUCAACUCUUCCAGGAAUGGUGGUCCAGAGGGAGACACGCACCCUUCCACUGCCUACCUCCUGCCUCCUGCCUCACUGGAGAGCAGCCUGGAAGAAGGGGUGACAUCAGCAGCCCCAGAUCCCCUGCCGUCCCGGGAAACACUGGAAACACUGGAAGAGUCUUUGCCCCCUGCGCUGCCCGACGAGGUCAGUGUCCAGCACACUCCGGCCCUCAGGAAAGGUCUGCCGUCCCUGAAGCAACUCAACUCGGCCCGGAGGCAGCUAAGGCCUUUGGCUACCCCGACAACUCUGCAGAGACUGGAGUCUCCUGCCUCGGCCACCACGAAGCCGCGUGAGCCUGGGGACCCCGAGCAGCCCACGGCGCCUGCGCCACUGCAGAUCACACCCUUCACCAUGGCUCUGGCGACCACACUCCCACACAGCCCGCAGCCCGCGCAGGCCCCCGACGACAGCAGCCCCGGUAGCCCGCUGGACAAGGGUGACAAUGAGCUGACUGGGUCCGCCUCCGAGGAGAGCCAGGAGACCACCACGUCCACCAUCAUUACCACCACCAUCAUUACCACGGAGCAGGCCCCAGCUCUCUGUGGUGUGAGCUUCUCCGACCCCGAGGGAUACAUUGACUCAAGUGAUUUCCCUCCGCAGCCCUCCGGCAACUUCUUGGAAUGCACAUACAACGUGACGGUCUACACUGGCUACGGGGUAGAACUACAGGUGAAGAGUGUCAACCUAUCUGAGGGGGAGCUGCUCUCCAUCCGAGGAGUGGACGGUCCCACCCUGACAGUCCUAGCCAACCAGACUCUCCUGGUUGAGGGCCAGGUGAUCCGCAGCCCCACCAACACCAUCUCUGUCUACUUCCGGACCUUCCAGGAUGAUGGCCUCGGGACCUUCCAGCUACAUUACCAGGCUUUCAUGCUGAGCUGCAGCUUUCCCCGGCGGCCUGAUGCCGGAGAUGUCACAGUGAUGGAUCUGCACUCCGGUGGGGUGGCCCAGUUCCAUUGUCACCUGGGCUAUGAGCUGCAGGGAGCCAAGACGCUGACCUGCAUCAAUGCCUCCAAACCGCACUGGAGCAGCCAGGAGCCUGUCUGCUCAGCCCCCUGUGGAGGAGCAGUGCACAAUGCCACCAUCGGCCGAGUUCUCUCCCCCAGUUACCCGGGAAACGCCAAUGGCAGCCAGCUCUGCGUGUGGACCAUCGAGGCUCCAGAGGGUCAGAAGCUUCACCUGCAUCUUGAAAGGCUGCUGCUGCAUGAGAAGGACAGGAUGGUUGUCUACAGUGGACGAACAAAUGCGUCGGCCCUCCUGUACGAUUCACUCCGAACGGAGAGUGUGCCCUUCGAGGGCCUGCUGAGUGAGGGCAGCAGUAUCCGCAUCGAGUUCACGUCGGACCAGGGUCAGGCAGCCUCCGCCUUCAACAUCCGCUUUGAGGCCUUUGAGAAAGGUCACUGCUAUGAACCCUACAUCCAAAAUGGGAAUUUCACCACAUCGGACCCCACCUAUAACAUUGGCACCAUUGUGGAGUUCACCUGCGACCCCGGCCACUCUCUGGAACAGGGCCCAGCUGUCAUUGAGUGUGUCAAUGUGCGUGACCCAUACUGGAAUGACACGGAACCUCUAUGCAGAGCCAUGUGCGGUGGGGAGCUCUCAGCUGUGGCUGGGGUGGUGCUGUCUCCAAACUGGCCAGAGCCCUAUGCAGAAGGCGAAGACUGCGUGUGGAAAAUCCACGUUGGGGAGGAGAAGCGGAUCUUCCUGGACAUUCAGUUCCUGAACCUGAGUAACAGCGACAUCCUGACCAUCUAUGAUGGCGACGAGGUUGUGCCUCAUGUCCUGGGCCAAUACUUCGGCAACAGCAGCCCUCAGAAGCUGUACUCCUCCACACCCGACCUCACCAUCCAGUUCCAUUCGGACCCCGCUGGCCUCAUCUUUGGCAAGGGCCAGGGAUUUAUCAUGAACUAUAUAGAGGUGUCACGGAACGACUCCUGCUCAGACUUGCCUGAAAUUCAGAACGGCUGGAAAACCACUUCUCACACAGAGCUGGUCAGGGGAGCCCGGAUCACAUACCAGUGCGACCCUGGCUACGACAUCGUGGGGAGCGACACCCUCACCUGCCAAUGGGACCUCAGUUGGAGCAGCGACCCCCCGUUUUGUGAAAAAAUUAUGUACUGUACUGACCCCGGGGAGGUGGAACACUCCACCCGCCUCAUCUCAGACCCUGUGCUGCUGGUGGGCACCACCAUCCAGUACACCUGUAGCCCUGGGUUUGUCCUCGAAGGGAGCUCGCUCCUCACUUGCUACAGCCGAGAGACGGGAACUCCCAUCUGGACAUCUCGUCUGCCCCACUGUGUCUCUGAGGAGUCCCUGGCAUGUGACAACCCAGGGCUGCCUGAGAACGGGUACCAGAUCCUGUACAAGCGGCUGUACCUGCCCGGAGAAUCCCUUACCUUCAUGUGCUACGAGGGCUUUGAGCUCAUGGGUGAAGUGACCAUCCGAUGCAUUCUGGGACAGCCAUCCCAUUGGAGUGGGCCCCUGCCCAUCUGUAAAGUUAACCAAGACAGUUUUGAACACGCGUUGGAAGUAGCAGAAGCGGCAGCAGAAUCUUCACUGGAAGGCGGGAACACGGCUCUGGCCAUCUUCAUUCCGGUCCUUCUCAUCUCCUUGCUACUGGGAGGAGCCUACAUCUACGUCACGAGGUGCCGACAAUACUCCAGCCUCCGCCUGCCCCUCAUGUACUCCCACCCCUACAGCCAGAUCACCGUGGAGACUGAGUUCGACAAUCCCAUCUAUGAGACUGGGGAAACGAGAGAGUAUGAAGUUUCCAUCUAACAAGAGCUGCCCUGGAAAGGGGGACUUCAGAGACAGACAUACAGACAUGAACUGUCAGGACCUCCUCGAACAUUCAUCAGUGACCCUGUGGCAUUGGGUUGCAGCCCGGCGUGGACGCCAUCUUUCCUCUACACUGUUUCUUCGCAUUACUUAACUAUAUUUAAGAUUGAAGGCAUUGACAUCGGUGAGGUCGGUACAUUGCGGAGGCAGCCAAGGUCACAUGACAGCCUCUGUUCCAAAGGCAGGUCAAGUUGGAUCAGCAGUACCAGGCUUGGGCCACCCCCCGUCCUGCAUGGUCUUUGGCAACAUGCCACAGCGGACUUGGUACAAACAGAAGCCCUGGGGUUGUCAGAGUGCAUCUUGCAGGUUUGCCUUGGAAUGGGAUUUAGCCUGAGAACUUAAGCCCCUAUUUCCCCUUCAAAACAAAUUCUGUAUCCUCUUUUCCAAUUUAAAACCCCUCCAAAAGGUCUUACCCCACCUUCUUCCUCCCAUGGCCUUCUAAAGGCAGCAAAGACUUUCCUAGUAUGCCCUGAGCCCAAGAAACACUGAUAAGAUGAGCAGGCAGCACCUUUCUUAAAAGGUGAUUAGCCCAAAGCACUGUCAGAGGAGAGGUACAGGGAUCCUGGGGAAGGGGACGUCAAAGAGGGAUGGAUACCAGAUGAGUUAUGCACUGGAACCAACCACAGCUGGCAUGGCCAUCCUGAGGCUAGGGACAUAAAUCCACAGGCAGCUUGUACUACAGAGUCCCCAGGUCUGCAGGGGAGGGAGGGAUGUGCUCUGACCUGAAGGUCAGGGGGUCUGCUCUGAUUCUCCCCUGGGCUCCUAGACUGUCUUGACCUUUGACAUAGCCGUGAGAGACACUGCCUCCAGAUCUUCUUGUUCUCACAAACUCCUUGGUGGGUGGGGGUGGGGGGGAUGCUGAGAAAGAGAGAGGUCCCUCCCUGGCCUCUCAGGCUCUGGGGAAGCAGGGAUGGAGAUGGUGGCGUCAGCAUCCAAGCAGGUUCCCUGUGGGCAGAGCAGGGUGGGAAACCACAGGAUAACAAGGUGCAAAGGUCCAGCCUGAACGUCAGGAAAAACAAAAGGUUUCUGAACAGCAGACCCUCCCAGCCUUCAGCUACUGCUCUGUUAGCCUUCGUUAGAGGUCAUGGCUUUCCAAAAGAUUAUUCUCUAAGUACAGUCAUAAAGAAAGGUGUCAGGGUUAGGUGCUGGAGGAGACAGCAGGCAUGGGGGCAGUGAUCAGGGGUGUUGAGCAGCCACGCAUCUGGGCAUUCAGCUUCAAGGACCUUCCCUGUGUUCUCCUGUGCUGUCUGGGGUUGUUGUGUUAAAUCCCUGGGUUUCAAAGAAGACAGCACUCUUUGACUGCAGGGUUAUAGGGAGAGUAUAUCUUCUCAGCCCUCAUCCUACCAAGGAUGGACUCAUCUUCCUCCAGGAAAGCCCCCUGUAUGCAUUGCCUGACCACUGUGGCUUAGGGGUGGGAAGGGGGGUGUUUCUGGUCACUCAGCUCAUUUACCCACAGAAGAACCAGAGGAGAAACUGUAUAGGCUCUAGGGAGCAGAGUCCCCUUGGGGAAAGACCUACUAUGAGUAGCGUGGCCUUUCUCCCAGAGGCAGAACCUAUUCGAGAUGCUUCCAACCCCAGCCCUAGGUCGCCUGCGAAUUCUGUCUGUGCUGUUUGAUUUUAGUCCGCCCCUGUGGGAACUAAGCACUUGCCUUCUAUAAAGGCUGACUAUAUGUCGCCCUUCUAACCCUGCUCCCUAAAGCUGACUAUGUCAUGCCCAGGUCAUCUCUCAACUAUUGGGGUGGGGGUGGGGGGGUAAAAUGUUGACUUUUUUUUUUUUUUUUUUUACAUGAGACCAAUGUCUCAGUUCUGACUUAGUGAUACAGUCGGUGUGGCCAUGUUUUAAAACGUUGUUCUAGCCUGGAGGUGGAUCAUGCGAGCUCUUAAUGUACAAUGACAGAAAGAACAUGCUGGUGUCUAAUUUUUUUUUAAAUACUUGACUGUGUAUUUGUAACAUGUAAAGGUUUGAUUUAAAAAAAAAAAAAUGAUGUUAUCAGUGCCAAAUUACCAGAUGCCAGUUCCAAGGCAUUUCAUGACGGUCCAUCCCUGUCUGUUUUUACAAGAUGGAAAUUUGAACCCAUCGGGAUUAAAUAUUUUUUUGAACGGGAUACACUCGUGAGCCCUCCCACAAGCAGCUCCCUGUUCUGACGUCAGUGGGGACACGUGUUUCGGAACGUGCUCAUCCUUCACACUGAUUGGCGCAGGCAGCACUGAAAACACGCACAGCUCCGCCCCCUUCUGCUCAGCGCUCAUCUCCCCUCCCCACCCCUCACCCCAGUCCCCUUAGCUUGCCUUUUGGUAGACUCAUUUUGCCAGCAUAAGUAUUCUGACCUCUGCCUGGGGGGCCAUCUUUCCAAGCAAUCACACCCCGAGCCUUUGAAGCCAGCUCUUCGGAGAAUUUCACAAACCUCAGGGGACAACUCUGGAAAUCCACACACAGCCCUGGAGAAGGAGAAAGGUUUGAACCUGGAUGGCACCCUGGGGACUCCGACGAACCAAUGGGUAGCUUCAGAAACCGUAGGCUAAACGACCUCUUCCUUUGGUGGACCUUCCUGUGUCUUUGAUGAGGCCCGGUGAGAUGGCACAACAGGCCCGGUCUUGUGCGGCACACUGCACCCACAAAGACAGGCGUCUUCUCUCACGGACGCUUGCUCUUUCAUUUAUCAUCAAACAGAAUUUAAAAAGGCAAACUUUCUAAGCUAGAAAAAUGAAACGAAAUCAUUUUCCACUUUGUAUAUAUUGCUGCUAAUAAAACAGCUGUAAAAGAA